UUGUGCGGCCGGACGCUGGACCGUCACCCGCGCGCCGCCGGCACCCGACACCGAUCUGAGCAGCCUCGGCUUGCGCCCCGGAGCCUCCCUGACUUCGUCGCACCCCCUGCCCUACAUCUACACACCGGGGUUCGAUAGUUCCAACGCUGUGCACACAACGGGCUGUUUAUAAACUUUAUAUUCAAGUCUUGUUCUCUAACGUAGACGCAAAGUGCUACAACUCGUGCUUAUUUCACUGAAGUGCUAAUCCGAUUUCUCAUACUUUUUGGAUCGCAUCUCCAUUGGCUAAGAUUAUACAACUGCAGCAGACAUUUGGACGAUUAAUCUGUCGUCGAGUUUUAACGACUUGUGAUCAAGAUCAUGGAACAACAAGAGCUCUGUAACACCGCCGCCAAGAGCCUGCCGUGCUAAGUUCUUGUCGCCCACAGUACGGGGUUGGGGUGAAUAAUGGGAAAAAGACACGUCCGGAUCAAGUUUGCACAUUCCAUUGGUCCGCCUAUUGAUUUGAGCAAGUUGGAUAGAUCCGACUAGCACCCCAACCCACGCCCCUACUUACGCAUUAUCAGUUACCGACGCUCUAGCGACUGCCAAUAAAGUACAAGUCAUAAUCGGGUUAUACAUUAUUCAUUUACAUAUUUAAAUUUAGAUUUACUUACUUUAGUACAAACCUUAAUCAGAAAAGGAAUACGGCGACUUAGCCGAUGUUGAAGAACGUACCGGGUCGUUGUUCUCGGUUAAAACAAUAAACUGUAGUCAUGACGGCCACUGCACCUGAACUGUCCAAGUCAGAUUUCUUUGAUUUCGUGACAUCGAAUGACGUUACUGAUGCCCAGUACAAACAACAGAUGCGGUCUGUUAAUGUGUUCAUGGAAUCGCCGGACUCAAGGUCGAACCCUUUGUUGUCGGAAGAACCGAAGGAACAAAAUAACAAUAGCUUAUUGAGCGUGGCGGGAGGACAAUCUACUGUUAGUAACAGCAUGACCUCAGCGACCACAUCGAAUACGUUACAAAGCUUUGAUUCUAUUUGGAACGUAGAUCGAGACCGGGAUCGUUUAGAAACUGCGAUGUUGGAAGACCUCAACAAAUUUUACUGGAAUCAGGAUAGUGAUAUAAACGGUGCACAUCCUUGCACCGACACCGCCAUCUCCAACAAACUAAUUAGUAACAACACGGACGGUCAAAUUUAUACUCUGACCGUUCUAAACCAAGAUAUGGGUGAACCGAAUCCUAACAGAUACUGGGCGAAGGAAGAAGAUGUCUCGAUGUCGAGCCCCACUGACAUAGAACAACAAUCCUCUCUAGAUCUUGAGUCGAUAUUAAAUAUGAAUGGUUUCCCUAACGACUUUAGUCAGGAUUCAUUAACUACUAACAUACUGCCAAAAGUUGAAAACUUUAAUUAUGAAGAAACGGAAUCAGAAAAUCAAAGUGCGGACAUGAGCACAAGUAGCUUGGUUAAAGUGGAACCCUUCAAUUACGAUGAAAAUGACUUUCAGAGUAACGAUAAGAAAGAUGAUUCAUGUAGUUCUAUUGUAGGGACUCCGACCCUAUUAGAUAGUCAAGCAGAAUUUAACAACAACAACAACGACUGGAAGUUAACAGAUCAAAACACGGAAUCUAAUGAGUCUUUACUGAGAAGCGCUCUCCAAGGGAAAGCUUUUAUUAGAUAUAGCACGAUACAAAAGAGUAAUAUGUCGAAAAUAGAUGCAGAGACGGAGUUGAAAAGGGUUAUCAUAAAUAACAAUAAUAAAGCCGACGUUCCAUCAAUGUACCCGGAUAAUAAAGAUAGUGAAACAGAACUAUUGAUGGCCAUUGCACCACAAAGUGGAAACGUAAAUAUUUCAAUACUAUUAGAAGAUCCUACUGCGACUGUCAUUGCAAACGGUGAAAAUCCAACUUCGACUCAAAGCGUCGACGAUAUUUUACUCUCACAAUUAGAUGCUAAUUAUCCGGAUGACUACGAGAAGCUAAAACGAAUAGCUACAGAGUUGGGCGAGUCCGUGCAACCAUUUUGCACUGUCGAGCCCAUCGACCCAACCCGGAGUGUUUACAAUAUUCAUCAUGUAAACGGUGAAUUAGUAACAAUGAUUCCCGCGAGUGAAGUACAAAUACCCCAGCAUUUACAAAUUGUGACCACGUCACCCGCGGUGACCAGCACCAAGUCUGUGAGCAAGAAAUAUAAGCGGAUUCAAAACAAGAAUCCACCGCCGUCAACGCAAUCACCAUCAGGGACUGCGAUACAAGCGGCUACAUCUACGUCGAACGGAGUAAGAAAAGAAAGAUCUCUUCAUUAUUGUUCGAUCUGUUCGAAAGGUUUUAAGGAUAAAUACUCCGUGAAUGUACACGUUCGAACGCAUACGGGAGAAAAGCCUUUCUCUUGCUCACUUUGCGGUAAAAGUUUCCGACAAAAGGCGCACCUGGCAAAGCAUUAUCAAACGCAUAUCGCCCAGAAGAGCGCUGCCGCCAAUGGCACGGCCAAACCUACAAAGCAAAGGUAACCGUAGCACCAUCGCUAAACUUUCGUCGGUAUGCAAAGAUAGUCAAAGGAACUUUGGUACAGUGAGAGUGAUUUACUAAAUAAAUACGUAAAGGCUGACAUAUCACAGAAGAGUUGGUAAGGUGCUAAAUAAACUAGUAGUUAUAGAUAAAUAAGGCAGUUGCGUAUGGUGAAACAUUCGUCGGAUACUCGAGGCCGUUAUGAUAUUUGUUAAUUUGUACGUAAUUCCGUCCGUUACCGAAAUACUUUUAAGUUUAGCUAGUUUUAGCUAAGAACAAAUACAGUUAAGUGAAAUUUAUAAUGAGAUUUUUUCGACUCUCCGUUCCAUUAUUAUUAGUCAUGUGUACGUUUUAAGAAAUAUAAUGUAAUUUGUUAUUUUUUACGAUCAGCUGUCGACUAUUUUUCAAUGAUCUUUAUAAUGAAUCAAUAAUACUCAGAGCUUUUUACUUUAAUAAACCGCAAGAAAGACUCAAUUCUUAAAAUAGUUUUUACUAUUUAUAGUGUAAAAAGUUAUCAGAUUAGUUGCCAAUAAUGAUGUGCAGCUUUAGGAUUAUCUACGAGUCCGCCGGCGCCGUAAUUUCUCCCGCAGAGCGACCGACUAAACUUUCUAAAAAAUGAAAUAUAAAAAAAAAACAGAGCAAAAGAACGAGCAUUCAGUACCCACCAUCUUUCACCGCUCGACUAUCGUAUCUAUACAUAACAUUCCUCUUAGGUCAAUUUACCGCGUUCGUUUUUUAUGAUUUGCCUACACAGUACUGUGAAUGUAAAAUCUAAUGAUAGACAUUUUAUUCCUCAUUUAACAAUCACAAUUUCAUUAAAUCUUAAAAAGUUUUAGAAAACAUUGUUCUUAUUUUGAAUUGUAUAAAAACCGACUAAUAGACAUUUAAAUAAAAUUGAUUAUAUCAUAAUCAUUGUUUAACUUCUUAGAAAAGAUACAAUGAACUAUUAAAUCUAGAUGUGAUAGUUAGAAUGGGCUUUUCUAAAACUGACUAGUCCAGUGAAGGGUAAGUUACUUCUGAUAUAACAAUUUGAUCGUAUAGGAGAGGCGUUGUUAUUACCAGAACGCUAUAAAUUUGUAAUAGACGUGGUAGAACUGUAGUGUUUAAUUUUGUACUCCCUUUCUCAUCCAAUUGGCCUUUCUUUGUUUUAUCCGUACAACAUCAUCAUUAAAUUUCACCUCCAUUACUAUUAAGGAACUUAUUGUUUUAAAACUAUAUUGAUUUAUAAGAUAGAAAAUAUAUCCAACUGUAUCAAAUUAAAUUUUCUUUAAUUACUUGUAAUCAAAUCUAUGUUGCUUUCAUUUUUUUUAUUAUUGUGUGGGAACUGCGUUUUGGUCUGUAAAAUUACGAAUAACUUUCACUUGCUAUAAGAUGUGGAAGGUCCACACCUUA